AUGGAGGCACCUGCAGAAGGAGACUCCGGCUUCCAGGGAGGAGCCAUGGCCCGCACAGCCACCGCCGGUGGUUCCCCGACAGUCCACGAGGCCCAGCGGCCGCCGCCAGCCCUGCAGGAGGACAGGCGGAGGGAGGGGCUGGUGGAGCUGCACACCUCCUUCCGGGAGCUGCUCACCUUCUUUUGCACCAACGCCACCAUCCAUGGCACCAUCCGCCUGGUCUGCUCCAGCCAGAGCCGCGUCAGGACGGCCUCGUGGGGGCUGCUGGUGGCAGGCGCCCUGGGCGUGCUCUACUGGCAGUUCGGGCUCCUCUUUGCCGAAUACUGGCGCUACCCGGUGGUUGCCACAGUGUCGGUGCACUCGGAGCCCAAGCUCUUCCCAGCGGUCACUUUGUGCGACAUGAACCCACACAGGCCACGCUCAGCCCGCCACCACCUGCAGGUACUCGAUGAGUUCGCCCAGGAGAACAUCCAGUCUCUCUACAAGUUCAACUUCAGCAAGAACAGGGACGUCCUCUCUGCAGCUGACCAGUUCCCACAGCCCGCCUUCUACCUGGACCGCGGGGUCCGCCUGCAGAGGCUGAGCCAACCCGGUGGCCAGAAUAAAGUGGGUUUCUGACUGUGCAACAGCACAGGUGGGGACUGCUUGUACCGUGCCUACACGUCGGCUGUGACAGCCACCCAUGAGUGGUACUGCUUCCAUUAUGUGAAUGUCUUGGCCCUGAUGCCCACCGCCCACGAGGACGGCCACUGCAGCGACAGAGGCCACUUUGUCCUCUCCUGCCGAUUCGAUGGCCAGGACUGCCAGGCCCGGCACUUCCGGAGGUUCCACCACCCCACGUAUGGCAGCUGCUACACCUUCGAUGGCGUCUCAGCUGCACAGCACCCAGGCGUCACCCACGGGAUCAGCCUGGUCCUCAGGGCUGAGCAGCGGCACCACCUCCCUCUGCUGUCCACGGAGGCUGGUGCUAGGGUUAUGAUUCAUGGGCAUGACCACAUGCCCUUCCUGGAGCACCAGGGCUUCAGCAUCCGGCCAGGGACCAAAACCACCAUCGGCAUCCGAGAGGACGAGGUACGCCGGCUGGGGAACCCCUACAGCCACUGCAGCGAGGGGGCAGAGGGUGUGGACGUGCCCCUGCUCUACAACGCCUCAUACACCCUGCAGGCGACUCGCGUCCCCUGCUGCCCCCCGGCCUGCCUGGAGUCCUGCUUUUAGCAGCUGAGGGUGGAGACCUGCUCCUGCGGCUUCUUCUACCCCUGCCGUCGGGGCCCAGCCCAGUACUGCAGCUCCGCGAGGCACCGGCCUGGGGUGAGAACCCCCCACCCGGCCACUGGUCACUGCUUCUACCGGCUCUCCAGGGACCUGGGGACCCACCGGCUUCCCUGUAGCUCACGCUGCCCCAGGCCCUGCAGGGAGUCUUCCUACAAGCUCUUUGCCGGGACCUCCAGGUGGCCCUCCUCCAAGUCAGCUGACUGGAUCCCGGCUGUGCUGGGCAAGCAAGGCCACAGGAGCCUGGGCCAGACCCCUAGCCUCAGGAGCAGCGUGGCCAAGGUGAACAUCUUCUACGAGGAGCUCAACUACCGUACGGUGGAUGAGACACCAGCUUACUCAGUGCCCCAGCUGCUGUCGGCCGUGGGCAGCCUCUGGAGCCUGUGGCUCGGCUCCUCGGUCCUCUCUGUGCUGGAGCUGCUGGAGCUGCUGGAGCUGCUGGAGCUGCCGGAGCUGCUGCUCGACGCCAUGGCUCUCAUGCUGCUCCGGGGCUGCCGCUGACUCCACACAGCUCGGGGGUCCUAGCUGGGGGCAGCCACAGGGGCACCCCCCACGAUCCCAGGAGCUGACCAGUUACCCACUGACCGCAGGAAUGACAUCAACCCUCUGGGGGGCCCUGCUGGCCUCGUGCCCCGCAAUACUUCCAGGAGCUCUGGCCGGGCUCUUUGCUGA